UCUACAUAUGGAUAGUCACACUAAUUUGAGACCAAAGAUAUUUAUACAAAUACAAAAUGACUUUAAGAAAUAGUUUUAUUCAGAUGAUGACGCUGACGUAACUCCAAAACGACCUCUAAUUACCAAACCCUCAAAAUUUUCAAAAGGCGAAGGAUAACAAUUUUAGACUGAUGAUUCUGAUAAUACACCUCAGAAAUAAACAUCCCCAAGUUCACCUAAAGGAUAAAAUAAAUUAUCAAAAUUUAAAUAGAAGGAAAGUCAUAUAGAAAAAGAUUCUGAUAUUUAAUUUGACUCCAAUGAGGAAGACAAGAAAGAAUAACCUUAAAUUAUUUAAAACAAUCAAAAAACUGAACCUGAAUAUGAUAUUUAGUAGAUGUCACGUUAAAUGGAAUAAAAAUAUCAAAAUCCGAAACCUGCAUUUUAACAUCCACCAAUUUAGAAGUCUAAUUCCUCAAAAUCAGUUAUGAUAAAGCAUAUUAAUAUCAAAGAGCACCCGUUUGGACAUUUGGUUUAUGGCAAAAACAUUAACUAAAGUGACUAUCUAAGAUUUUUGUAAAUAGUUCAGAGCGGAUUACUAUAUGCACAUCAUUCUUUAAAAGGUCCAUCAGAAAAAUUUUUGAGAAGUAAGUUUAUUAGACUUAGAGAAUCGAAUCAAAGAAAACCUAAAUUUUUGAUUCUUGAUUUGGAUGAAACCUUGAUACACAGUUGUACAUUCAGAGACUCUCCUUAAGUUACAAUUACACUAUAAGAUGAGGACGAUAAAGUUGAUGUAAUAUCUAUGUCUAUUCUAGUUAUUUUUCAAUGUUAGACCCUUUUGCAAAGAAUUUCUAAAGGAAAUGUCGAACUAUUAUAACAUUUACAUAUUUACAGCUUCAUCAGAACUGUAUGCUAAUGCAAUUGUAAAUCAUUUGGAUCCAAACAGAUAAUAUAUAAAUGAUGUUUUGUGCAGAAACAACUGUUUUGAAACCAAAAAUGGGUUUUUUAUUAAAGAUUUGAGAAUCAUAACAAAUAGACAUUUAAAAGAUAUUGUAAUUGUUGAUAACCUGCCACAUUCGUUUGGAUUAUAAUUAGAAAACGGAAUUCCUAUUUUGGAAUACUUGUGCAACCCAAAAGAUGAAGAAUUAAAGUACUUGUAAAAGUAUCUCAUCAAAUUAAGUAAAGAAGAGGAUGUAAGGCCCUUUAAUAAAUAAAAUCUAAAAUUACUUAGUUUAAUUGAUUUUAAACUUAAUAUCUGA